AUGAAUGAAAACGCUAGAGACAGUGUCCAAAUAGUGGACUCGCUUGCGAGUGCCGCUGGGCCGGGCUCUGUGGCCCAGCUGAAGCGCCUGCUGGCCCGCGAGGAAAGCCGCUUUCGCGCGCUGGCCGCAGCAGCUGAUCUGGCGGGAAGUGCCCAAAAAAUUGGAAAAUUAAUUCAAGAAAACAAAUCUACGGAAGUUAUGCAGGCCCAGCUGGAGGCUGUGUGCAGAGUUGAACUGCAGCUGCGGAAACGAGCCAGAAAAGCACUCAACUAUGAAGGACUGAAGGACAACGAGAAGUUGAAAAAGGAAUAUUCCAAACUUAGUUGCGAAGUGCAGCAGGAAAUGAAGCGGUCAGCUCUGUGUUCAACUUGCACUUGUGCAGAAGUUGAAUUCGGCCGCCAGGCGGAGAAAUACAUCCGAGCUUCUGCUGCGGCGCUGCGGACCCCGAGGACCUGCCAGGCGAGAUCUGCUCGCACGGAAAGCUGCGAAGCUCUCGGCUGCGCUUUCCGCGAGAACUUGAACUAA